ACCGAUGUCAGUUUAUUAUUUUCACUGACAGCAAUGGUUGAUUUUCCAACUCAAAUAAUAACGUUAAAUUAUAAGGAUAGGUCAGUUCAGAUACUGUCGUAAUUAUGAAUUCGCUAGCUAGUGAAAUUCAGGGAUUUUCAAAAUCACAUCUGAAGAAACAGUCUACGAGAGUGACAACAGUAACCGGAAGACAAUUAAUAGAAACUCGGAGCGGCUCCUCAGUCCAAGUUACAGAAUGCUUCCCUGAGCCUGAGGCAGCCUGCGGGUUUGUCCAGGACUUGAGAGCGGACCUACAAGUUGGUGUAAUCAAACCAUUUCUUUUGCUCUCGUCCCAAGAUGCUGCUCAAGAUAUUGAUACGUUGAGAAAAUACAAGGUGACCCACAUCCUAAAUGUAGCCUACGGAGUAGAGAAUGCCUUUCCUGACUUAUUCCACUGUAAAACUGUUACCGUGCUUGAUGUCCCUGAAACUGACAUUACAUCGUAUUUCCCAGAGUGCUUUGCCUUCAUAGACCAAGCCAGAAACCAGGGCGCCGUGGUGUUGGUCCACUGCAACGCAGGAGUGUCCCGCUCGGCCUCGGUGGCGAUGGCGUACCUGAUGUCUCGGGACACGCUCUCAUUCCAAGAGGCCUUUGAUGCUGUGAAAGCCGCACGUCCUUCGGUCUGCCCCAACCCCGGCUUCCUCAAGCAGCUGAAGAGCUACACGCCCUGAAUUACAGCGGGGUACACCAGGCAUGUAACUGAUGCGCACCCGAUCGCGGAGUGUGCUCCAACAAUUCACUUCCUUCCGCUAUAAUCUGUGGAAGUUGCUGCACCAGACGUGAUACUGGCGCAUUACAUAGAAAAAAGUAGACCAGUCUUGUCAAAUUAUUUUAACGAAAUGCUUUGGUUGCCCACCUGGUGUAGCCCCCCUUGUACCGUGGAGUACAUACAGCCCACCCAGUGAAGGCAACCUCUGCAAUGCACCUCUGUGUGGUUUAGGGCUUAGCUGUAACCAGGCAACAUGCAUAUUCUGAGAGACUCAUUGAGCAGCUGCCAUUGUUUAAUGGUAGAUUUUUGACCAGUCUCUUAGUUGCCAUGACGGUGAUUCAACAAUGCCAUCAAGCCAAACUUUCCUUUGUCUGGCAAGGAGGAUACCCUUUUUAACCCUUGCCUUUCACCUCAGUGUUUGUGUGUGUUGAGAAGGGGGGUUGCAAUUGGGUCCUGCUUUUUGUGUGAUUGUGUCUGCUUGUGUAUCUUAGAUAUGCUACUUUCACAUUAUAUUGUGCCAGAUGUAUUUUUAUGUAUGUCUCUGCACUUAUUUGUCAACGAGUUUUGCACUGAAAUAAAAAUAACUUUUUUGUACCACAGUUAAAAGUACUA